CUAGCUGCGCUUGAAAGUUUGCGGAAGUAGAUUGUGACUGGAAGUCGUACGGGAGACACAAACAUCCGUAAGCCUCCUGAUUCGGUCUCUGUCGAACUUCAACCGAUGGACCUGUCCUCGGAGAAACUUCAGCGGAUCCUCUCUAAGUACAAAUUCCAUGAUGUUGCGAUUGAUGAGCUGCAGAAGAUCUAUCGAAUCCACCCUGGGAUAGUCCCAUCCGCAGGCACAUACACAUUUAGUGACCACACCCAAAAAGAUCUUGUGAGAUUACUAGGUAACAUCCCAGUCCAGUAUGGAGGUCGCUCCUACAACUUCCCCAUUGAGCUGUGGUUGAUGGACUCGUUCCCCUUCACUCCUCCCAUAUGCCUCCUGAGACCGACCUCCAACAUGUUCAUCAGAGAAGGGAAGCACGUUGACGGAGGAGGACGGAUUCACCUGCCGGAGCUGUCAAACUGGGAUUAUCCCAAAUCCUCCGUGGUGAGUCUUCUGGCUGAGAUGAUUGUGAAGUUUGAGGAGCAUCCUCCGCUGUCCUCCAAGUCCAACGUGGACAACAAAGACCCCCACGAUCUACUGGCUUUUGUUUCUAAUAUACAGAUCAACAACGGUGGAAGCAGCCAUCAAGAGCAAAUGAACAAGAAGGUGUCCGUCAUCGGGGGAGGAGAUUUAGGAAUGGCGUCGGUGAUGAGCGUUUUAUCAAAGUGUAAAGUGGACAAACUUGUUUUCAUUGACGUCAACGACAGCUCGACCAAGGGCGGCAGCACGGAUCUGGAGAUUUUCCGUCUGCCCCAGGUCGAGGUAUCCAGAGACCUGUCCGCCUCUGCGGGCUCCCGGGUUGUCGUGGUGACCGCAAACGCAUGGAGCGGCGAGCAGUCGUACGCGAGCGUGGUCCAGACUAACGUGGACCUGUACAGAGGAAUCAUCCCCAACCUCGCUCAUUACAGCCCGAAAGCGGUGCUGAUCAUCGCCUCGCAACCAGUGGACAUCAUGACCCACGUCGCCUGGAGGCAGAGCGGCCUCCCUCCGACCCAGGUGAUCGGCGCGGGCUGUAACCUGGACUCGCAGCGGCUCAGUCACAUCCUGGACAUUAACCUCAACACUCACAAACCCGCCUGGGUCAUAGGAGAGCUUUCGGACAACAAAGUGGCUGUGAUGAGCAGCUCCGGUGUGCAGCCGGAGAUCGCGGCAGGAUCCAACUCCACCAAGCCCUUGUUAGACAGAGCUUUCGGGAUGAUGAAGACUCGAGGCCAGCGGUCGUGGUCCGUGGGUCUGUCCAUCGCCGACAUCGCCGACAGCGUCCUGACGAAUAAGAUGAAGACCCACUCGGUCUCCACCUUGGCUCAGGGUUGGGGCGGCAUCGGCGCAGAGGUCUUCCUCAGCUUGCCGUGCCUCAUGGGAUCCAACGGCUCCACGCGCUUGGCCGGAGUGUCGCUGGGGCAGGAGGAAGACGCCAAACUGAGACAAAGUGUCGCCUCCCUUUGCAGCCUCAUGGGUCAGCUCCGGAUGUGAAGGAUGGGACUGUGUCCCGGGGUGGGGGAGCAUGCGAGCUCCGGACGCUCGGUGCCUGGGAUGAAUUUGCACUAACCUUUUCAAGUGAUGCAAUAAGCCUUAAUGUUUAAUCAUGAGAUUGGUUCCUAUGUUCUCGUUGGAUACCGUGUAUAACAUGUGGGUAAAGAAACAAUCCUUAUUGAACAUCUUAUAAACACACUUGUAUUUCAAGUGUUUUAUAAUCAAUCUAUAAGCAUCUAAAGGAGCCCGAUGGGGGGAGGUUUUUAAAUGUUUAUGUCAGUAGGUUGAAUUUGGACUGAACUACAUUUACUAAAGAUGAUGAAACUACCUGUUCCUUUCUACAAAUGUCAGGGUGUUGUAUAUUAUAUUCAGGUACUAGGGUUGACUCAUUGAUAUACUGCCCGUAUAUUUUAAAGGCCUUAUUUGCCGUCUGUUUUCCAGAUAAGAAUUAACGUUUCUAAUGCAUU